ACCCCAAAUCUUUAAGUUAUAGGGUUUUAGGAAGGUUGCAGGCUUGCAGCUGCAGACUUCUGAAUUGCAGAGAAGACCAAGGCGAUUUCGAAAGGUAAUUUCAGUUGACCUAAAAGCUUCAUAAGUAAUGGGUAAGAGAGGAAGGAGUCAGAAGAAAGACAACAGAAAUCCAAAGAGAAGAACCCGGGACAAAGAUGCCCUUCCUGAAAACAUGGAUGAUGAGAUAGAUGCAUUUCACAAACAAAGAGAUGUUAUUCCACUGGACAUGAAUGGUGAUGCUGGGGAAUCUGAUGAAGAUAAUGAACAGCCCGUCUUUGAUGUUGAGAAUUUUAGUGAUGAUGAGGAUGAGGAUGAUGAUGAUGAUGUUGAUGAUGAUACCCAACUCACUGGCCUCGCAGCAAAGAUUGCAAGGCAACAGAAAUUUUUACGGGCAAAGAUUGGUGGAGUUGAGGAUGAAAUGCAUGAAGAAGAAGAAGAUGAGGAAGAAAAGAAAACUGUAUGGGGUAGGAGAAAGAGUGAUUAUUACAGUGCUGAUAAUGUUGAUUAUGAGCUACAAUCAAGCGAUGAGGAACUCCCUGCAGAGGAGGAGGCAGAGGUGAUGAGAUUGCAGAGGGAAAAAGCAAAAUUUUUAUCAAUGGAAGACUUUGGCAUUGAAGAUGCCAAUCAGGAUGAGAGUGAUGGAGAGCCAACCAUGGAGGAAAUUAUGGUUAAAGGAAAAACCACAUCAAAGUCUCUAGCAGAUGAAGAAGCCAAAGAUGACACAGGUACAGCUUAUGAGGAGAUCAAGAAAGAUUUGAAUGCACUGUCAAAGGAGGAGCAAAUGGAUGUAGUAUAUAGUUCGGCUCCAGAGUUGGUUGGUUUACUGUCAGAGUUGAAUGAUGCACUUGAGCAGCUUGAGGGCAAAGUCAAUCCACUUCUGGCCAAGGUUAAAGGACAAAACACUAAAGAAGGAACGCGCUAUUUGGAGGUGAAACAGAUUCUUUUGCUAGCCUAUUGCCAAGCUAUUACCUUUUAUCUUCUUCUCAAGUCAGAAGGGCAGCCAGUUCGUGAUCAUCCAGUCAUAGCUCGUCUUGUAGAGAUCAAGAGCUUAUUGGACAAGAUGAAACAACUUGAUGAAAAUCUUCCGUCAGAUCUUGAGGAGUUUCUAGAUAAAAGUCAUGGAGCUGAAACAAAAGAAAUGUUGGUUAGAGAGGCUUCUAAGUUGGCAUCUGAUUCCUUCACCAAGGAGCAUGAGUCAGCUCAAAAACAAGAGAUAGUGAUGCACAAGAAGGCGGCAAAGUCAGUAGAUGAGAUGAGGGAGAGCAAAGAAGGGAAAAGCAAGCAUCAGAACGAUCAAGUUGGUUUACAGAGCAUGGAAAUGUUAAAAGUAAGAGCUGCUCUUGAGGACAAGUUGAAGCAGAAAGGUGUUUUUAGUUCCAUUACACCAAAGCCUGAUAGGGCUCAGAAACGUCUACAACCAGUAAACAGACAGCUUGAGACAUUAGAUGAUUUUGAUGAUGAUGCUAUGGAUGUGGAGGGCAGAACUGGCGGAUUGACCAAUGGGCAAGCUGGUUCAUUGCCUUCAAGUAAACUUUCCCACCUUGUGAGUGCUAACGUGAAGAAGCCCAAGAUUGUUUCUGGUGAUGAUGAUUUACCAAAGAGGGAUGAUAUUGGAGAAAGGCGGAGGAAGCAUGAGCUUCGGGUUCUAGCAGGAGCUGGAAUUGAGCCUAUGGAUGAUGACGAGGACGGGAUUGGCACUGUUGGUGUUGACAAAGAUGCUAAUAUGGAUGAUAACGACAGUGGAACUGAAGAGUCUGAAGAUGAAUUCUACAAACAAGUGAAACAACUACGAGCUGCAAAACUUGCUGCCAAAGAGGAGAUUUAUUCAAGCAGAACCUCAGCAGCCCAGACCUCAGCUGAACCAGAAAUACUAGAGGAUGGAAAGCGGCAGAUUUCUUAUCAGAUGGAGAAGAACAAAGGGUUAACACGCGCUCGCAAGAAGCUGACCAAAAAUCCCAGGAAGAAGUACAAGUUGAAGCACCAGAAGGCAGUGGUGCGCCGGAAAGGGCAGGUCCGGGAGAUCAGGAAGGCCACCGGUCCAUAUGGUGGUGAAGCCACUGGAAUCAAUGUUGGAAUCACUCGCAGCAUCAGAUUCAAAGGCUAAAAAAGAAACAUGGUUAUCGAAGAUAUCUUCAUUUCUUCUUUGCCAACUGCAGCAGAGUGUGCAGCAGCUCAAAUCUGGAACUUCCUCUUGUUUUUAAUUUGAGUGGAAAUCAAUGAUGUAUUAAGAUUGAACACACAGUUAAUGUUUAUGGCAUGAUUCAAUUUUCAAAUGGUAAUGCAUUAACUGAAAGAAUUAUCAAAUUCAAUAUUAAUUCAAGUA